GCUCGAGUGCCGGCGGCCCAGCGGCCGUUUCGGUGCGGCGCCGCCAAUCGCCAUGUCCCUGCGGAAGCCGGGCGAUGGCGGCGGCGGAAGCGCGAGGCGGGCGGGCUCCCCGGAGGAGGCUCGGGAGCUCCCGGAAUGCGCGCCGGGCGGGCGCCUGAUGCCGCUGCUGCCUUGGGACCGCUUCUCGGCCUGGCUGCACUGCGUGUGCGUGGUGGGCUUCGACCUGGAGCUCGGGCAGGCGGUGGAGGUAAUACAUCCUCAACAUGCAAAACUUACAGAUAAAGAGAAAACCAAUAUUUGCUAUUUGUCUUUCCCAGAUUCCAAUUCAGGUUGCCUUGGAGACACACAGUUUUGUUUUAGAUUUCGACAGUCUUCUAGCAGAAAGCUUUCAUGGCAUUGUCUACUGGACCAGUUUGACAGAGACCUACCCAUUUACUUGAAGAAGGAUCCUGCAUAUUAUUAUGGUUAUGUAUAUUUCAGACAAGUACAAGACAAAACCUUAAAAAGAGGCUACUUUCAGAAGUCCUUGGUUCUGAUCAGCAAGCUGCCUUAUAGCCACAUUUUUCACACUGUGCUUGGAAAAAUUGCACCUGAAUAUUUUGAAAAAAACGAACCUUUCUUGGAAGCAGCUUGUAGCGAUAUUGAUCGAUGGCCACCACCAGUCCCAGGAAAAACCUUAAAUUUGCCUAUUAUGGGCAUUGUAAUGAAGGUGCGGAUUCCUACCUGCCAUGACAAUCCUGGAACAACCCAAGUAAUACAGUCCACACAGCAGACGGACACACAGGUCUCCAUUGCAUUGCCUACUGUCCAUGAAGUUGAUCUCUUCAGAUGUUUCUUGCCAGUGUUCUUUCACAUCCAGAUGCUAUGGGAGCUCGUGUUGUUAGGGGAACCGCUUGUUGUCAUGGCACCAUCACCAUCAGAGUCUUCAGAAACCGUGUUGGCACUUGUAAGCUGUAUCUCACCUCUGAAGUACUAUAGUGAUUUUAGGCCUUAUUUUACAAUACAUGACAGUGAAUUCAAGGAAUAUACCACUCGUACUCAGACCCCGCCUUCUGUCAUAUUAGGAGUGACGAAUCCAUUUUUUGCUAAAACUCUGCAACACUGGCCACACAUCAUCCGAAUAGGAGAUAUUAAACUGUCAGGUGAAGUACCAAAGCAGGUGAAAGUGAAAAAGCUAAAGAACUUAAAGACUUUGGAUUCUAAGCCUGGUGUUUAUACAUCUUAUAAGUCAUACUUGAACAAAGAUGAAGAAAUCAUAAAACAGUUACAAAAGGGAGUACAGCAGAAGCGUCCCGGAGAAGCUCAAAGCAUAAUCCUUCGUCGUUAUUUUUUGGAACUGACCCAGAGCUUCAUUAUUCCUCUAGAACGAUACGUAGCAAGCCUGAUGCCUCUGCAAAAGAGCAUAUCACCUUGGAAGAGCCCACCACCGUUGAAGCCAUUCAACCAAGAGGAAUUUAUGAAAACUCUUGAGAAAGCAGGGCCUCAGCUCACCUCAAGAUUAAAAGGAGAUUGGAUAGGACUCUACAGGCAUUUUUUGAAAUCUUACAACUUUGACGGUUGGUUCAGGACUCGGCGGAAAGAAAUGACACAGAAGCUGGAGGCAUUGCACUUAGAAGCGCUAUGUAAUGAGGAUUUGCUUUUCUGGAGUCAGAAGCAUACUGAAGUGGAAACAGUGGAUUUAGUUUUGAAAUUAAAGGAUAAAAUGGCUGAUGGAGAAAACUUACCUGUGAAACCAGGCACUGUGGAAAAGUUACAGAUGCACAUUGAUUCAAUUAUUCUUGCACUGCCAGAAGAUUUACAGGGUAUACUCAUCAAAACGGGCUCAACGUGACUAACUGGACUUUUAUGCAGCCAUAUGUACCACAUUGCACAUUUGAAAGGUGUAAAGGCACUUGCAAAGAACAGUGGACGUGCAAAGUAUAUGGUACUGGAAACAGACUAUGUUAAUACUUAAAACAUUAUUUUAAACAGCCCCUUAGGUUCAACUUGAAUAUGGAAGGAACUGAUUUUUUUUUUUUUGGCAUACGUUUAAAAUUAAGUGCUCUUACUGAACAUCUGCAUGCAUCUUAAACUUCCACAAUGCAGUGCAGACACUGCAGAGCUUCUAAAAUGGGUGCUGAUCUGCCCAAUUGUAUUAAACUCAGGGGAAGCAAUAUUCCUGUUGGUUUCAAUGACUUAUCACACUUAAUGGAAUAGCUAGUAGCUGUCCAGUGAGUACUUUGUCUUGAUAUUUUACUUCCUAUUAAGAUCUCAAAUGCUAGUCUACUAAAUAUUAUAAUUCAGUUCAGUUAUUACAGAGCUGAUGGCCAAACCUGAAUUCAUUUAUUCAAUUUAUACCCUGCCUUUCCUUCAAUGAGCUCAAGGCACUGUAUAUCAUUCCCCACCCUCGAUGCCAAUUUUACCCUCACAGCAACCUUUUGAAGUAGACUGCGCUGAAAGAUAAGUGACUGGUUGAGGGUCAGUGAGAAUCAUUGCCGAGUGAACAUUUGACCCCAGAUCUUUCCAGUCCUAGUCCAUUACUAACCACUACUACACCACCCUGGCUCUCAGACUGGUUUAACAAUUGGGAUCACCCCUGUAGUAUUGAACACUCCUCCAUUUUCCUUCUGUUAGGUCCAUGUAUCUUUUCCCCACAUUCCCAGUUACAGUAAUUGGAGGCUGCUCUAGUAUUUCAACAGGGAAAACGGGGGUUGCUGCUUAUCAUAGUUUGCAGGGUGUAUUGAUUUUAAAUCAAGGCAGUACAAAUCCCGAUUUAAAUCAGCAAGAAAAAAA